AAAAGACAGAGAGAGAGAGAGUGGAGAGAACUUCCAGAGGUGGAGAGAAACUCUUGGAAAUCAAGGGUCGAGGAAGAACACAAGAGGAAAAGAGGUCUUGGCAUAAAGAUAGAAGAGCUUCCCUACGGUACUACACUUCACAGCGACUGUCAGACAGAAUCGGGACAGAAUCGGUGACAGCACUGUGAAGCUAUCAAAGCGAGGCAAGAACACUCCAAAAAGAAGCGGAAGAAAAAGAAACUCACCUCACCUGUACCUGCGGCAUGGCCACCAUGGCAGACAUCGGGCUGGCGAGGGUAAGGACUCGUGCGCCACUCGCCCUACUGUUCACCCUGGCCACACUGGCACAGGGGACGAUGGUCCGGCGGUUGCCAGGCGAUGAUGGCGUGACGGAGCUCCUGAGGAGGGUGAAGAGAGGCUGGGUGUGGAAUCAGUUCUUUGUGCUGGAAGAGUACACAGGCCUGGAGCCCCUCUACAUAGGCAAGCUGCACUCAGAUAUGGACCAAGGGGAUGGCAACAUCCGCUACAUCCUGUCCGGCGAGGGUGCCAACACCACCUUCACCAUCGACGACAGCACUGGGGACAUCCACGCCAUCCAGAGGCUGGACCGGGAGGUCAAGGCCCAGUAUAUACUGCGAGCCCAGGCCCGGCACCGCAUGACCGGCCUGCCACUGGAGCCCGAGUCCGAGUUCAUUGUCAAGAUCCAAGACAUCAACGACAACGAGCCCAAGUUUUUGGACGGACCCUACCAGGCCACCGUACCAGAGAUGUCUCCCAUAGGGACCUCGGUAAUCCAGUUAACUGCGACGGAUGCGGAUGACCCCACCUAUGGGAACAGCGCUCGAGUAGUGUACAGCAUUCUGCAGGGCCAACCCUACUUCUCUGUGGAGCCUAAGACAGGUAUCGUACGUGUGUCGCUGGCAGAUAUGGACCGAGAGGUCCGGGACGUGUACCAGGUGGUCAUCCAGGCCAAAGACAUGGGAGGACAGCUAGGGGGUCUGGCCGGGACCACCACCGUCAACAUCACGCUCAGCGAUGUCAACGACAACCCCCCCAAAUUCUCCCAGAAGCUGUUCCAGAUGAGUGUGACUGAAUCUGCUCCAGUGGGAUCAGUGGUGGGCCGAAUCCAGGCUAAGGACCGUGACGAGGGGGUCAACGCAGAGAUGACCUACAGAAUCAUUGACGGAGACGGUCGAGACACCUUCAAAAUCAACAAUGACCCCACCAACAUGCUGGGCAUCAUCACCGUCAAGAAGAGUCUGGACUUUGAGAGCAAGCGGAGCUACACACUGAAAGUCGAGGGCUCCAACACACACCUGGACCCUCGGUACCUGAGCAAAGGACCGUACAGGGACAUCACCAUUGUGCACGUUAGCAUCGAGGAUGUGGAUGAACCGCCUGAGUUUCGGGUGCCGUUCUACUACGUGGAGGUUCCAGAGGACGCUGAGAUCGGAACCAUCUUUACGUCUGUGUCUGCUCGAGAUCCUGAUGCAGCCAACAACUCCAUAAGGUACUCAAUCGAGAGGAUGAGUGACCCUGGGAAGUACUUCUACAUUGACAUCACAUCUGGGUCACUGAUGACCGUCCUGCCUUUGGACAGAGAGGAGAUGUCCUGGCACAACAUCAGUGUACUGGCUAUGGAGAUGAACAAUCCCAGCCAAAUUGGAAGUGUCUCUGUGGCCAUCAGGAUCAUGGACAUUAAUGACAACCCCCCUUCACUCACUCAGUACUAUGAAGCCUUUGUGUGUGAGCAUGCCAAAGCAGGACAGUUGAUUCAGACCAUCACAGCGACAGAUGCAGACGAGCCAGUAGGAGGGCAGCAUUUCUACUACUCUCUGGCCCCUGAGGCGGCAAACAACCCCAACUUCACUCUCCGAGAUAACCAAGAUAACUCGGCAUGGCUGCUAACGCGUCGCGGUGGCUGGUCUCAGCAGGACCAGAGUGUCUACCACCUGCCCAUCCAGGUGUCUGACGGAGAGCCACCGGUGCAAAGCAGCACGGCCACGCUGACCGUGCGCGUGUGCAGCUGCGACGCCGAUGGGAACGUGCUCUCGUGCAGCGCCGAGGCCCACACGCUACCCGCCAGCCUCAGCCGUGGGGCGCUCAUCGCCAUCCUCGCCUGCAUCCUCGUCCUGCUGGUGAUGAUCCUGCUGAUGCUGUCACUGAGGAGCCAGCGUAAGAAGCCCUACCUGACCGACGAGGAGGAGAACGUGCACGAGAACAUUGUGCGCUACGAUGACGAGGGCGGCGGCGAGGAGGACACCGAGGCCUUCGACAUCUCGGCGCUCUGGAACCCACGCGAGGCCGCCGCCCACACUGGACGCCAGCCGGGCCGGCAGGACAUGCAGCCCGAAAUCCAGAGCCUGUCACGGCACGUGCCGCAGAUGCCCGUGGGCUCCGCCCUGACCUUCGCCGACGCCGAUGGCGGAGCGGGUUGUGGCGUCCAUGGCUACGUGCUGGCCAAGCUGUACGAGGCCGACGCGGACCCGUGCGCACCGCCUUACGACUCGCUGCAGACGUACGCCUACGAGGGCGAGGGCUCGGUGGCCGAGUCACUCAGCUCGCUGCAGUCGGCCGCCUCGCAUGCUGACCACGACUACGACUAUCUGAGCGACUGGGGGCCGCGCUUCUACAAGCUGGCCCAGAUGUACGGGGCUGUGGACGACGACAACUCCCUGUGGUAACCCUCUUCCCCCAACCCGACCCUCUCAAGAGGACGAAAGAGAAUCCCCAAGCCAGACUUUGGAAGAACAAGUCUUGAGAGAAGAGAGAAAAAAGAGAGUGACAGGAGGGAGAGAGGGAGGAGAAAAGCAAGCAGAGAGAUGAUGAGGAAUGACAGUGCCCCUCCUUUUCACUGCUGACGUCACAGCCCAGAAGACUGACCUACUAUGGCCUAGCGAUGAACUUCAGUAUCCUCUAUGUGUGUGUGUGUGUGUGUGUGUGUGUGUGAGUGUGUGAGAGAGAGAGAGAGAGAGAAAGAGAGAGAGAGAGAGAGAGAGAAAUGAGAAGAUUUGUUCUGCAUAUAGAGGGACAAUGAUGGCACAUCAGCACAAAUGCUACAGCAAGCAACAGCCUAUUUGCAAAUACACAGAUCACCAUCAGGUAGGAAUACACAAAGAAAAGGGAACGUAAGAUAAUCUGUCUUUGGAUCAAGCGAAGGACUUACAAAAUAUUUGAAAUGCUGGUUCAUAUUGGUUGGUUAUGGCGGCCAUUCUCUCUAUAAUGUCUCUUUUAUGCCAAACAAUGGUGUUGAAACUGUAAAGACAACAUUUAUUUUCAAUGUUUUACACUCUGAAACAUCUGGUGAAACAUUUCAGUCUGUCAUUUUCUGAGCAGCUCCCUGUAAGAUGGUUUAAUUUAUUUGUGCUGGUAUUUAUGUUUUUAUUUUUCUAACUUAUUUUGUUUUGUAAAAGAAGCACUGAACUUUGAUCAAAAACUGAAUGCAGUGGCCCAGCUUGUUGUGGUCACUUUGUUUGGGGAAAAAAAGUCUGGAAAAGCCAGAGACUUGUUUAGCCCUUAGUGGGCGUCCACCAUCAAUGUGUUUAGUGUAUUGAUCCAGUUAAAUGUGUGUACAUUUCCUCAUGACCUCCAUGGUGUUGCUCUUCAUGUUAAGUAUGUUUGGUAGUCAGUCAAAGUAAGGGGAGCGUUGACACAUGCAAAGCCAUUUGACAAACUGUGUUUCUAUUGGUUUGCUUCUGGUUUGCUUCAUCCUCAAGCUGGAAGAGGUGAAAAGUGAAGAAGAGUCUUCCUCUUGGGAUGGAAGUGACACUGCGAACCUUUCACCACACCACACCACACCAUGUCAGUUUCACCAGUGGCUUAAUACAAAUCACCACAGUCCUUCCUUUCUUGGACUCUGAGAAUCUGCAUCAAGUGCCAAAAUGUGACGAGAGUUCUCUGCAGGACACCAAAUACACAAGACAGUGACUGAUGAAGCCAGAGAACCGGAGCAGACUGACCGUAUGGGUGGAAUCUACCUGAAACUGUACUCAGUGUCAGUCUAUAUAAGUGGUAUUUGAAUGUACA